GGAAAGGAAGGAAGGGAAGAAGGAAAGAAGAAAGAAAGAAAGAGAAAGGAAAGGAAGGAAAGGAAAAAAAGCUCGGAAAGGAGAAGGAAAAAAAAAAAGAAAGGAAAAAAGAAGAAAGAAAGGAAGGAAAGGAAACAAAAAAGGAAGAAGAAGGAAAAAAAGAAGGAAAGA